UUCAUGACAUAUGUUCAAACCAGGAUUAAGAGGAAAGCAGGAAACAGAGACUUAACACUGUUGUUUGAUGAUGCCACUUAUUUCUGUCUUUGUCUUAAUGUUAGGCAGUUUUUAUACUGAUAAAUGAUCAUUUAAGCAUGGAGUCUUCAGAUGUUGCAGAGCAGCUUCUUUUUAAUCAAUCAGCAAAUGUGCCUGACAUAAGUGCAGUGACAAUUUCAUAUCUUUUUUGUAUUUUUGCUGGCUCUUUGUCAGUUCUCAUAACGUUUGGAAACCUACUUGUAAUAAUCUCUAUUGUUUACUUCAGACAGCUCCACACUCCUACAAACUUCCUGAUGCUCUCUCUGGCUAUGGCUGACCUGCUAGUUGGACUUUUAGUUAUGCCUUUCAGUGUUGUGCUUUUUGUGAGCUCAUAUUGGCGUCUUGAAGAUUUACUUUGUAAAGUGCGAGGCAGUUUAGAUGUGUUAAUGUGCAAUUCUUCCAUUUGGAAUGUGUGGUGCAUUUCUGUUGACAGAUAUUACGCAGUGUGUCAGCCUCUGAGAUACAGAACUAAAAUAAAUGUCCGUGUCGUUUGGAUCAUGAUCAUGGUGUGCUGGACUAUUGGCACUCUAAAUGGAAUUAUUCUCUCAUUAAAGGCUCCAGAAAAAGGACAUAAAAACAACAAAUGUGCUUCAAUUCAAGUUCAAACACAGAAGACAAUAGUUGUGGCUGCUGUUUUUGCAUUUGGCCUCCCAGCUGUAACAAUGUCUUCAAUCUACCUAAAGAUUUUGAUGGUAGCACAUAAACAGGCACGCAUCAUCCUAAACAUGGAUAAAUCUGGUGCAAAUGUCAGUAAAAUGGAGAGAAAGGCGACUAAAACUCUAGCUAUUGUGGUGGGGAGUUUUCUCAUGUGUUGGAGUCCUUACUUUUUUUGCAUCAGCUUUUAUCAUUUGAGCAAUUAUACAAUACCAAUUAAUGUGCUUCAAACAUUUAAGUGGCUUGGAUGGUCAAAUUCAAUGUUUAAUCCAUUUAUUUAUGCUUUCUUUUACAGCUGGUUUCGAUCAGCUUUCAGGAUGAUCAUUACAGGGAAAAUAUUUACAGAUGAUUUUUCUAAUUCUAAACUCUUUUGAUUCGUUAUUUGAUUAAUUUACUUUAUUAUAUUCAUUAUUAUUUAUUAUACCAACAUAUUUCUGUAUUCAUCUGUUAUAUUCAUGUACAAAGUUUGUCUGUGCUAUGCAAUAAUGGUCUUUUUUUGCAAUGCAGUUUAUAUAAAAUGAUAAAGUGAUGCAUCUGUCUUCAACAAUCUGAUGGGUCAGUGAGUCGAUGAACUUAAUAUUUGUGUCUGCCAUUAUUUCCAUUUUACACACACUCAAGAAAGUCCUAGAGGAACACACAAGUAAUGCAAAAAAUUACUGAAGAAAUUACUGAUUGUAUGAACAAUCUUCAUUUUGUCACAGUUAUUUAAACCUGUUCCUUGACUAUUUGUUUCUAAUGCAUUUAGGAAUUAAUCAUGAUAUUAAUUAUUAUAUAGGCUAUUUACAAAAAUGGGGAUUGACUGUUAUUGAGUAUAUUAUCCCUUCUAGCUUUCCUUAUCUAAAGUAAAAGUAUAUUAGUGCAUAUUGCCCUCAUGAAGCAGUUUUAAACGUGGGUUCGUGCAGUUCACUUUUUUAUGCAUAGCCACAAAUAAAUAUGUGUCCUCACUCUUACGUCAUCACAAUCUUACCUAAUGCCGAUUUCUCAUCAAAGUAACUUGUGAACUGCUAUUUGGCAAUAUUCAGAACAUCUAUAUUAUUAUUUAUUAUCCAUAUUAUCUUGAUAUAUUAUCCAAAUAAAAGUUGAAUUUAUUCAUUUAUGAGAACUUGAUGAAUCACUGAAAUGAUGUUGACUUUGAAAGAUUGUGAUUAAAGUGUGGCUGGCUUUCGAUAAUAAAAGGCAGUCCUUCCUCA